CACGAGCCCGCAGGACGACGGAUGGAUCCGCUAGGGGACUAGCGUGCGAGGACGGGCAACGGCGCGAACCCCCGUUACCGCAACCCACUUCUAGUUCCUUCAACCAGAGCGUCCUGGCACCAUGUUCUACGGCUCCUCAUCUGCCAGCAUGUCACUGCCCUCUAAGAACCGCCUGAAGCGCCAGAGUCGUACCUUCACACAGGUUCUGUACCGGACGCUGAGCUACCGGGACCGCCGCUCCGUCACUGACCUUCCCGAGCAGGUCCGAGACGACCCCGCCGAGCUCUCCACUCAAACUUCUGCACCUGGCGUAUUAAAGAUCUUCGGAGAUGAAAUUAGCGCCGGUGCCAAUUAUAAGAGCGUUUUGGCCACACCCCGUUCCAGCGCUCAAGAACUUAUUAAGGAGGCGCUCGAACGCUAUUCACUCAACAAAGCUUCUGCCAGCAACUACGUGCUGUGUGACGUCAUCGGGCGAUUCGAGGGUGCAGAUCGCCGAUGGCGGACUGAAUGUUUGCGAGCGUUGGGCAACAACGAAAAGCCCCUCCUCCUGCAGGAUCUGUGGAAGCCGAAGGAGGGGUUUGCCCGGCGCUUUGAACUAAGGCGAAGGGUGGAGGUGGAGGAACUGGCUGCCAAAGAGAAAGACACCGUGACCGCAGAUAUAAAUGCUCAGGCGAGGAAGCUUCAGAGGAACCGCGCUAAAGGAACAAUGACCCUCCAGCAUGGCUCGUCCUUCUGCCGCAGCCUCAGCGAGACUAGCCUCAACUUGGUGGGCCUGCCCGGGGAGGAGCCCAAACGCUACUACUCCACUUUGCCCGGGCCGGUCCGAGCACGCUCCGCACGAGACAGUGAAGUGCGCAAGGAGCGGGACGGGGGCGGAGUCAAGCACUCCCUGUACCACUCACCUCAUCUUCUGCUUCUGCAAGGCUACAAUCGACAGGACUGCCUUGUAUACCUGCUAAACAGAGAGCAGCACACAGUCGGUCAAGAGACGGCAUCCGCACGACCAAACAUCUGCCUGUCCUCUCCAGAUAUCCUGCCGCUUCACUGCCGCAUCCGCCGCGCUCCGCCCAGACGCUCCUCCUCCUCCUCUUCCUCCUCUUCCUCGGACCCACGGUUACUCCUGGAGCCGGUUGCUCAUGGCAACGUGUUGGUCAACUUUACUCGUAUAGAGCGUCCCACGCCACUCCGGCACGGAGACUUGCUUUCCUUUGGUGCUCAUUACAUCUUCCUGUACAAGGACCCACUGAGUGCAAAACCACUUCCUGCCCAGACCCUUACCAGACUGCAAGCUCUCGCGAAACUCUAUGACAGUGAAUCAGGGGGUGAAAAAGGGGAGGCUUGUCGUUUGUGUGGGAAUGUCUUGCGGGAGCCCAUCGGGUCAUCCCGGCGCAACUCCAAGGCUCCGCUGCGGAACACGCAGAAGCGGAAGCUGGCUCUGGAGUUUGAGCGGGCUCACGAGGAUGCACUAGUCAACCGUGUGCUCACGCUGAUUGAGCCAAGUGGAGAUGACCACAAGCUGACUCCCGCUUACCUGCUCUGCCUAUGCAUCAAACACUCCGCUAAUACAUUCCCACCGGGCAGCUUUGGGAAGCUGCUGCUGAAAAUUGCCAAGAAGAUUCAGACCAUUGCAUGGGAGAAGACAAAGGAAUUGGCACAGAAGCAAGCUCAGCAUCAGGACCCAGCCUCGCUGUCUCUGCUCAGCAUCUCUGACCUUGUGCCAGACCUUCAGUUCAUUUUCUUCUGGAUGUCAAAUGCCAUUGAGAUCCUGUACUUCAUCCAGCAGAAAUCUCCUUCAUACAUGCAGAGCAUUGAAAUGAUGGACAACAAAGCUGGAUCGAAAGAAUCUCUUCUCUCUGCAACAAUAUCAGCCAAUGAGGAAGCCAUGACUAUUCUGGAGGAGGUGAUCAUGUACACUUUUCAACAGUGUGUCUAUUACAUCACUAAGUCCUUAUAUGUGGUUUUGCCAGCCCUGCUGGACUGCAACCCAUUCGGAGGCGACUCGUCCUCGGAGCCAUGCCGGCGGGCUGCGGGGGUCUGUGUCUGCACCGUGUGUGUGAUGCCAGAGGCGGUGAGGAGGGUGGUGAGCGUCUUCCAGACCACCGCUGACCUCCUGCAGCAGUACCAGGUUCACGCAGAGAUCCAGAGCCAGAUGUUCGCUUACCUCUUCUUCUUCACCAACGCCUCCCUCUUCAACCUGUUAAUCGAUAAAGGUCCUGCGAGGGGCUGGUUCCAGCGUUCCCGAGUGCUGCAGAUCCAGGCGUGUGUGCGUAUGGUUCUGGACUGGGCUAAAGGCGCUGGUAGGGCUCAGCUCGCCCAGAAGUUUUUCGCCAAGCUGUGCAGCGCCGUCACCAUCCUUGCCACACCCGUACAACAGCUCUCACAGAUGAGUUGGAAGGUGUUGUGUGCGGAGCACCCCACUCUGAAACCAGUCCAGCUGCACAGAAUUCUUACGCAGUACCAGCUCAUUGCUGAGGUGGGACAUCUCCCAAUGUGGCAACCAAGCAGCGAAGAUGAAGCCUACAUCUACAGAACAGUGGAUCUGCUGGAAAGCUUCGAGAACCACCCUCCCAUUGUGUUACCCAGCGCUGGCUUUAAGGUGGACCUGGAGAGUGACAGUGUGGAGGACAGUAUCUACAGGCAGCUACUCUACAUCAGGCACUUCCUGUGGGGUCUUCGCUCCAAGACACAUCCAGCCAAUGGCAGCGCAGACAGACAGGAGAUCCAGCGCGACCAUCUUCAGGCCCACAGCAGCCCCCGGCCUGGUGCACCCCAGCGAGGGGAGGGAGAGGGCGAGGUGCGAGACUGCUCCGGGACCCUCGGGGGACGAGGAGAGGGGGCAGGAGCAGAAGACAGACCUCUAGACAGACCACCACACAGCACUCACUACAGAAAUGGGACCGCCAUCCGCCACAGCAGCCAGAGCCACGGUCCAGAGUCAUCCUGUCUGCUAACUCCCCCAAACACACCCCUCUACCCAGAGCUCGCACACUCACACACUGGCACACAGUCUGCCAUACCUCUUUACCCCGAACACACACACUCACGCAUUCACACACAGGCCAACGGGUGUGUGCGCUCCACCCCCGAGCACAAGAAGAUCAAUGGAUUCAUCAGUAAUGGCAUUGAAGGCCCUCUGAGUGGUUGUGGCUUACCUUUCCCCGUCCCUCUGCCCCAUACCCUGGGCCCCAACUCUGAUGCUAUCUGUUCCGUCUUUGUAGUGGACCUGGACAAAGGACCUUAUGGCCUUGGCAUGGGACUUAUCGAUGGACUUCACACCCCUCUGAACUCACCCGGAAUCUACAUCCGCACACUGAUCCCUGAUGGGCCAGCAGCUUCAGAUGGCCGAUUGCAUAUUGGAGACAGAAUCCUGGCUGUAAAUGGAACCAGUCUCAUUGGAGCCGAUUACCAGAGUGCUGUAGAUUUGAUCAGACUGGGUGGAGGACGGCUCCGGUUUCUCGUUGCUAAGUCAGAUCCUGAAGUGUCAGAGAAGAUCAGUGCCUCUUCCUGCUGAGACUGGGGGGGAGGAGGGAGGGGGGCUGCAGGUUUGGUUCUCCACCUUGACAACAUGAGAAACUAGAAGCCCUCUCUGUGUUUGGGGGAAAGUGUAUAAGCACAUCAUAAGACACUCAGCGACUACUCUCCUUAACCUCCUAUUGCACUCAGAGGAGAGCCUUAGCACAGCAAGACUCUUCAACAUGCUCAGAAACUCAGACAGCCCUUUUCUCCCUCUGCCUCAUUUGCAUUUUGGGUCAGUCUCCCAGAAAAGAGAAGAUUUUGAAAAAGAAGAAUUUGAUGUCAUCGCUGCCAUAUCAAAACUUUCUAAGUCUAUUUAUUUAUUU